CCCCGAGUGUCGAGACCCGAGCAUGCUGGCAGCUUGUAGCGUCUACCGGGCGGCCCGCGCGGGUCGCCGCUACAUCCACGUCGUCGGUCGCCUCACCGAGGUCCCGGCAGGCGCGCUGCCCGACAUCGGCGUCGGCGCCGAGAUCCACCACACGUUCCACGCCCAUGACGUCGAGGCCUUUGCGACCUUGACGGGCGAUACGAACCCGCUCCACCUUGACCCGACCUUCUGCGCCACGACGCCCUUUGGCAAGCCGGUCGUCCAUGGCAUCCUCGUGUCGAGCCUGUUUCCGACGGUCUUUGGCGCGACCAUGCCAGGCUCCGUGUACGUGAGCCAGAGCCUCCGCUUCCACAAGCCCAUCUUCGUAAACGACCCGCUCACGAUCCGCAUUGAGGUGACGCAGGUGAAGGCGCGCAUGCGCCUCGUUGUCUGCGCAACGCAGUGCGUGAAUAAGGAAGGCGAGAUCGCCAUCUCAGGCGAAGCCAAGGUGCUCAUCGCCAAGCCCGUGGACGAGGAAGCAGAUUAAUGCACGUAGAAAAGGCAUUGGCAC